AUGGCGUCCUUCCUCUUCCUCUUCCUCUUCGCCGCGCUGGCCGCCCUCGGAUCCGCCCAGCUCCUCACGAACGGCAACAGCCAGCUCCCGUCGUGCGCAUCGACCUGUCCGCUCCUCUCGCAAGCCGCGGCAGCAUGCGGCGGCACAACGAGCGCGACCCAGCAGAUCUGGUCGUGUUUCUGCCAGUCGGGCUAUCUUCAUAGCCUGUACACCUCGCCGGCGGGGAUCUGUGAUUCGGUGUGCACGAACCCGAGCGACAACCAGCAGGUCAUGACCUGGUACACCACCAACUGCGGCAGUGAUUUUGGGCAAUCGGAGCAUGCCAAUGCCGGCGGCGCGACGACCGUCAUCAUCACGUCCACGAGCACGAGCCCAGCCGCCAGCACGGUCGCCAGCAGCACGAACACAGCAGGAGCGGCCGCCGGCUCUUCCAGCAGUGAUAGCAGCAGCAGCAACUCAUCUGGACAGAAGGGGUCUUGGUGGAGCCUGCAUUAUAAAUGGGUCAUCAUGCUCAUUGCCCUGUUUGUCGGCCUGCUCCUCCUCGCGCUGAUCGCCGUGUUCAUCAAACGCCGCUACGACCGCAAGCAGGAUCAGAUCAAGGGAGGGUUCAACGCUGGCAUCACCCAUCGCAGUGCACCCAUGCCGCCAUCGGCGGGGGAGAUGAGCUACGCGAACGACUCACAGGUCAUGGCGGGUGCGUUGGGGCCGGGCGGGGAUGGAAGAGAGUCUCCAGCCAGGACAAGGGAUUCACAUAUGCCAUAUGGCUAUGGCUACACACGCAGUGACAGCAGACUGAGUGCACAUCAGCCGGGCGUUGGCGGAGGCAGGCGAAGUCCGUUGGCCCGAGGCGAGACGCCGGUGGGUGAUCUGGAGAAGGAGGUGGGCGUUGCACGGGCGGAUGCGAUCACGCCUGCGAAGCGACAGAAGCGGGUCCUGGUGCGGGAAAGGAGUAUGGAAGGUCCUGGGAGUCCCGAGGUCGAGAAGGGUAUGCGAUGA